AUGACCCUGCAGCAACUCUUGAGCUACGGUGCCAGCCAAGACAUGUCUGAUGCAAGACGCUGGACUCCAUUGCACUGGGCAGCUGUGAGCAACCAAGCCCACAUAGUAGAAUUUCUACUUUCGAAAGGAGCUUCAGUCAAUUAUACAACAAGUGACAACAUGACAGCUUUGCAUCUGGCAGUGGAAGUUGGAAACAGUGAAAUUAUUCAAUUGCUGCUGGACAACAGAGCCUUGGUCAAUGCUGAAGAUGCUGUGGGAAGGACUGCAUUAUCAAUUGCUGCUGCUAAUGGCCAUCAGGAGGUAAUCACAGACUUACUUGCACGUGGAGCUGCAGACAGUAAUAGAGUUUCUGCUCUUCAAGCUGCAGCAGUGAGGGGUCAUCUCCAAAUAAUGGAAGUGCUGACACAACGAGGGAUCAGUGUGGACAUCCGAGACAGCUUGAAGAUGACAGCGCUUCACCGAGCAGCAGAGAGAGGUGACACUACAGUUGUAGAAUAUCUAAUAAACCAUGGAGCUGACAUUGAAGCCCGGGGCUGGCUGCAGAAAACUCCACUCCACCUGGCCACUGAGAAGGGGCAUGAGCAGACCAUCCACCUCCUGCUAAGCAAAGGGGCCAAUAUGGACGCCACUAAUCAAUGGGAUGAAACUCCUCUCACUGCAGCAUCAGCACAUGCCUUGGAAAAGUCUUUUGGCUUAUUUAGAAAAACCAUUUCUGAAAUGCAAAAAUGAUAACUAGCUUCUGGUUUUAUACUAAAAACGUCACACUCUGUACCCCUUUAAAAAUCCAUUGUACUGUGUACAAUGCUAUACCUUGUACGCAAUCAUACUCUUCCCUGUGUAGUCCUCAGUAGCAUAGAUUGAAUACAGACACCUUGUGUAAUGCACCAUCGUGUACAGCUACAUAGCUUCUACACCACUGGCCCUUGUAUCACAUUCCUCAGUGCAACACACCUUGUCCUAAAUAGUCCACACUCACCAUUGAAUGGAGUCUCACCCCAAUGCAACUAGGCACCAUUGCGACAGAGUAAAGUUUGUGAUGAGCUCAUUGGAAGAAAGCAGGGCGGUCUGAUGAUUUUUGGCACGAGUGAGGGCUUCUCAGAGUCUAGAUGAUUAAAAUGACUUCCACUUGAGCUGUUAUCUGCUGAAGGAUCCUUUCUCUUGAAGAAGGAAUGGGAUGUUCCUUCCCUGUCGAGUGUCAAUGCCACCGUUGUGUUUCUGAACUUGCUUGAUGUCAAAAUGCAGGUGCAUUCACCUCUUCUGCACCCUGUUCCUUCUCACCCUUCUCCUUCAACUUACCUAGUGCUGUUCCCUCAAACUCAUGUGGAGCAGCCUCUGAGAUACAUCCUUCUUACAACUGAGGUCUGACCCCACUGUUGGUGUCAGCAGAAGCAUCUUCACAUCGAGUCAUAAUGGAACAGACAGAGGCCAUUUGGAUCAUCAAGACCAUUUCCUCUGAUUUCUUUUUGAUAUCAUUGUCUCUGCUUCCAAUGCCCACCUCGGAGGCAGUGAGUUAGAAUCACAGAAUCCCCACAAUGCAGAACAGGACAUUCAGCCCAUCGAGUCCACAUUGACACACCAAAGGACACUGUAACUAGAGCCACCCCAUCCCUGUAACGCUGCAUUUCCCAUGGCUAACCCACCUGACUUGCCCAUCUCCCACACUACAGGGCAGUUCAGCAUGGCCA